CGCCCCUCCCGGCCACCGCCUCCUACCGCCGCCCAUCACUGUGGCCUGCCCGCCUCCCGAAACGAGCGAGACCAAGCGACAACCACAACUCGGGCGACAACAUCUCGACUCUCUCUUCCUUCUCUUCAUCUCUCAUCUCUCUCUCUCUCUUUCUCUCUUACAGCCUACCCAACCCAAGCAAGUCUACAACAUGUCCGCCCCCGCCCCCAUCCCCAUCAACACCAACGUCGGCAACAACACUGUCGCGGGCGUCGACGAGGCCCACGACCUCUCGCCCACGUCGGCUAUGGACCGUAGCAAGAUGGACAAGCUGUUCGCCAACAGGCCCACCCCGAAGGAACUCCAGGACCAGGGUAUCCUCAAGGGCGAGCCCAACGACGCCCUCGCGGCCAAGAAGAAGAAGCUCGAGCGCUCCAUGACGGAGGACCGCCUCGACAAGGACAUCGCUGCGCGCCCGUCGCCCGAGGAGCUUAUCAAGAAGGGUAUCCUCAAUGCCGACGAGAACCCCACUGCCUAGGUGUCCAACCUGGGCGUCAGAAGACCGCUGUAUGCGCUGAAGUGUAUGAGAUGAAGACCGGCCCAGCUCCGCGCCCUUCGCAGUCUCCCUCGGAUGGACAUGUAAAAUGAUUCGACGGUCGCC